AUGGAAAAAAGAUUCAAACUAAGAUUCUCACGCCUAUUCCAAUCCUCAUUCUUCUCUUGUCGUUCCAAGAAAAAUUCCGAUAUCCUUAUUUCUCAUAAACCCAUUUCCAAACCCUUAAUUUCUCCUAAACCCCCUCAACUUUCCUCUAAUUACACUCCAAAACUCCCUCUUAAUCCUUCCCAUUUUCAAUUCCCUCCCCCUCCUGCCUCUUCUCCCAUUAUCUCCCCACCUCUUUCCCAUCUCAACGAUUGCUUAUCACGCCACAGAAGCAAAUCCAAAAUCAAGAGAAGAAAGAAUCCACAUUCUCGGCCUGCACCACCAGCACCACCACUACCGCGGCCGCACCCGGAAGACUUCGGUAGUGCGUGGUGGUAUGGUGGACAUGACGAAACAGAGGAGGAUGAAACAGAGACUCUGUUUUCUUCACGAAGUUUAACGUCGGAUUCGUCCGUGUCACGCCGCCGUCAUCGACGGAGACAUGGUCGCCGGAGACCGGAGAGGAAAAUGAGAGAUGGGUUUUUUGCGGUGGUGAAAAACUCGUCGAAUCCGUACAUGGAUUUUAAGGCGUCAAUGGCGGAAAUGGUGGUUGAGAAGAAGAUAUUUGGAGGGAAAGAGUUGGAAGAGCUUUUACAAUGCUUUAUUUCACUUAAUUCUCGUCAUUAUCAUAAAGUGAUUUUUGAAGUUUAUUCGGAGAUUAAAGAAGCUCUUUUUUUUCUCUGA